GCCUCCUCCACGGCUUCCCAUCCCCUCUGCCGCUCGGAGUGUGUGCCCGAGUGGGAGCGCCGGGCUGUGCGCGCGCGGCUCUCUGCCUCCCUCUCGCCCCGCCACGGCGCGUCCUCCCACUCUGCCCGCUCCCGCUCACUGUGCCCCUGCCCGGACUCGCACCUCGCCUGUGCCCUUCACUCGCUCUUCCGCGUGAUUUCCCCGCCGCCUUUCUCCACCAACUGGGAAUGCUAAAACGGGACUGAUGGACGUGUCAGAACUCUGCAUCCCGGACCCCCUCGGCUACCACAACCAGCUGCUGAACAGAAUGUCUGCAGACGACCGGCACCUGAGCUCCAGCUGCGGGUCCUUCAUCAAGACGGAGCCGUCCAGCCCGUCCUCGGGCAUCGACGCCCUCAGCCACCACAGCCCCAGUGGCUCGUCCGACGCCAGCGGUGGCUUCGGCCUGGCCCUGGGUGCCCACGCCAACGGUCUGGACUCGCCGCCCAUGUUUGCAGGCGCUGGGCUGGGAGGCACCCCGUGCCGCAAGAGCUACGAGGACUGUGCCAGCGGCAUCAUGGAGGACUCGGCCAUCAAGUGCGAGUACAUGCUUAACGCCAUCCCCAAGCGCCUGUGCCUCGUGUGUGGGGACAUUGCCUCUGGCUACCACUACGGUGUGGCCUCCUGCGAGGCCUGCAAGGCAUUCUUCAAGAGGACCAUCCAAGGGAACAUCGAGUACAGCUGCCCGGCCACCAACGAGUGUGAGAUCACGAAACGGAGGCGCAAGUCCUGCCAGGCCUGCCGCUUCAUGAAAUGCCUCAAAGUGGGGAUGCUGAAGGAAGGAGUGCGUCUCGACAGAGUGCGUGGAGGCCGCCAGAAAUACAAGCGACGGCUGGACUCGGAGAGCAGCCCCUACCUGAGCUUGCAGAUUUCCCCACCUGCUAAAAAGCCAUUGACCAAGAUCGUGUCGUACCUGCUGGUGGCUGAGCCGGACAAGCUCUACGCCAUGCCUCCCCCUGGCAUGCCCGAGGGGGACAUCAAGGCCCUGACCACUCUGUGUGACCUGGCAGAUAGGGAGCUUGUGGUCAUCAUUGGCUGGGCCAAGCACAUCCCAGGCUUCUCGAACCUCUCCCUGGGGGACCAGAUGAGCCUGCUGCAGAGUGCCUGGAUGGAGAUCCUCAUCCUGGGCAUCGUGUACCGUUCGCUGCCCUAUGACGACAAGCUGGUGUAUGCUGAGGACUACAUCAUGGACGAGGAGCACUCCCGCCUGGCCGGCCUGCUGGAGCUCUACCGGGCCAUCCUGCAGCUGGUACGCAGGUACAAGAAGCUCAAGGUGGAGAAGGAGGAGUUUGUGACGCUCAAGGCACUGGCCCUGGCCAACUCAGAUUCCAUGUACAUCGAGGAUCUGGAGGCAGUCCAGAAGCUGCAGGACCUGCUGCACGAGGCGCUGCAGGACUACGAGCUGAGCCAGCGCCACGAGGAGCCGCGGAGGACGGGCAAGCUGCUGCUGACGCUGCCCCUGCUGCGGCAGACGGCUGCCAAGGCCGUGCAGCACUUCUACAGCGUCAAACUGCAGGGCAAGGUGCCCAUGCACAAACUCUUCCUGGAGAUGCUGGAGGCCAAGGUCUGAUGGCCCGGCACGCGUACCGGCUCCUGCCCACGGACGGACACACAAACGGACGGACUGACCCAGAGACCUCCACAGCCACCAGCCUCGACCUUCAAGCCCUGUAUCAUGGCCACGAGCGGUCCCAGAGGAAGGGGUUUCUCGCCCCCAGCUGUGUGCGGAGUCCUGGGUGCCAUGGGGCGGGGGACCGGGAGGGGAGGGCAGGGCGUGGGCUCACCUGUAACUGGCUUUUUCUUUGGUAUGUUUUUCCUUCUCAUGGGCAGUGCGGAGGCCCAGCCAGGGCUGACUCCCCGAGACGGGAGACCACUGAGGAAGUGCCCCUUUCCCACCAAACCACCAACAGGCAGCGUGUCUGUUUCCUGACCCCACCCCACCCUGCCCUCCCCCACCGAGGGCCUGGGUGGGCAGUGCUCAGUGCCCAGGAUUCUGGCACACUCACGUUGGGUGCCACCUGGAGGUUUUCCUGUCCCAGGGGGCAGGCGCUUUCUUCCCUACCUCCUCUGAGGUUCUUUGGGGCCCCUCAAGAGGCCCUACACGUUCCACAGUCCAGACGGGCUCCCUUCCUCCAUCUUUCCGCUCAGCUCAGCACACACUCAGCUCCCAGCCAGGACUCACCAUCGGAAGAGUAGCCGCCAGCACUCACACGUUUUCCUGGGCGCCCCGCCCCUCAGCACACCUCCAC